AGACUCGACCCGAAAAUACAGAGACAGAGACAGAGAUAGAGAUAGAGAGAGAGAGAGAGAUAGAGAGAUCUGAGUUGGGGGAACGACUCGGGACCGAGUUGGGACGCGUACUUUGAACUGUUUUGUCAGAAAUUAAUGGUUGAAGAAGUUCGGAGAGUACUCAGAGAGACACAGAGAGAGAGAGAGGGAGAAGGUGAUCCUCACCGUUAGAUCCCAUCUCUGAAAUUCCACACCAACCGUCCGAUUCUCUGUCUCUCUGUGUCUCUAGCUUAGCUCAAAAUUUGGAGCUAGAGCAGAGCUUCACUGAAACCGAUCGGUCUCAAAUUCGGAGAUUCUCACGCGGCGCUUUCUCGGAUUUGAGCUCUGUGAUAGCGUACUACUGUGAUGGAGCUCAAGAUCAAACAGCGUGAGUGGGUUUCAGAGUUUGAGUUACAAAAGCGGUGGAAAUUUUCUAUAUAGCGAAGCAAUUUGGACUAAAAAAUUGAAUUUGAAUGUUCUAAACUUGGUUCAGCCAUCUGAGGAAUCUCUAGAAAUAUAAGAGAAUUUGAAGCAAAAGAGGGCUAAUAUAGUAAAUAGCCCUGAUUUUGUUGGGUUUUCUCUAGCUCUUGAAACCCUAGAUUUUUCUUAAUGGUUCUCUUUGGAUUUUAGCUCUAUAGCUUCAGUUUCAGCAAAAAUGGAGGGAACCAUAUAGCUUAGAAUUAGAAAGAGUUAGAUAGAGAACGAGAAUCAAUGGAAGAUUUCUCAAAAUAUGCUCAUAGUCCAGCUCAUUUGGCGGUAGCCCGACGUGACUAUGCUACCUUAAGGCGCAUUCUCGGUACCCUUCCUCAGCUCGCUAAGGCUGGGGAGGUUAAUACCGAAGAGGAGUCUCUGGCUGCUGAGCUCCAUGCUGAUGCCGUCUCGGCUGUUAUUGAUCGCCGUGAUGUUCCGGGUCGCGAGACUCCUUUGCACCUCGCAGUACGGCUGCGGGACCCCAUCUCAGCAGAGAUUUUGAUGGCAGCUGGUGCGGACUGGAGUCUCCAGAAUGAGAAUGGUUGGAGUGCUCUCCAAGAGGCGGUAUGCACUAGAGAGGAGUCGAUUGCGAUGAUCAUCGCAAGGCAUUACCAGCCUCUUGCUUGGGCAAAAUGGUGUCGUAGACUGCCACGUAUUGUUGCCUCAGUGGCUCGUAUUCGUGAUUUUUAUAUGGAGAUAACUUUCCAUUUUGAGAGCUCGGUCAUUCCAUUUAUUGGCCGGAUUGCCCCGUCAGAUACUUACCGCAUUUGGAAGCGUGGUUCUAAUCUUCGUGCUGAUAUGACCCUUGCUGGUUUUGAUGGGUUUCGGAUUCAAAGGUCUGAUCAGACAUUUUUGUUUCUCGGAGAUGGGUACUCUUCAGAGGAUUGCAAUGUAACUUUGCCACCUGGUUCUUUGAUUGUUCUUUCCCAUAAGGAGAAGGAAAUCACAAAUGCUUUGGAAGGAGCUGGUGCCCAGCCAACAGAAGCAGAAGUUUCCCAUGAAGUGGCAUUAAUGUCUCAGACAAAUAUGUAUAGGCCAGGCAUUGAUGUUACGCAGGCUGAGCUUGUUUCUCAUUUGACUUGGAGGCGACAGGAGAGGACUGAGAUGGUUGGAAAUUGGAAGGCCAAAGUUUAUGAUAUGCUUCAUGUGAUGGUGAGUGUGAAGUCAAGGCGGGUUCCUGGUGCAAUGACUGAUGAGGAACUUUUUUCUGUGGACGAUGAAGAAAGGAUGGCAAAUGGUGAGAACAAUGAUGAGUAUGGUGAUCUUAUGACAGCUGAGGAAAGGAUGCAAUUGGAUUCUGCACUUCGUAUGGGGAACUCAGAUGGUAUUUGUGAGGAUGAGGAACAUGGGGUCGUUGAAUAUCCAGAAAAUGGUUCAUUAGGUUCCCAUGAAAAUUGUGAAUCCAAUGGUGUUGUUAAGGAGAAGAAAAGUUGGUUUGGUUGGAACAAGAAAAAUUCAAAGAAUCAUGGUGAUGAUCUUGAAGAUUCAAAGAUUUUGAAGAAGUUCUCCAAGUUGGCCCCAGAAGGUAGCAACCAGAAACCAAUCGAUCACCAAAAAUCAUUGUCUGAAUUUCCUAAGGAGGAGGAUAUGGGGGAUGGUAAGAAGGGAAAGGAUAAAAGCAGUAAGAAGAAAAAGAAGAAAGGGGUCACUAGUGAAUCUAAUAAGCAUGAGAGCGAAUACAAAAAGGGUUUGAGACCUGUCUUGUGGCUAACACCAGAUUUCCCUUUGAAAACAGAUGAGCUCCUGCCUCUACUUGACAUCUUAGCCAACAAGGUCAAGGCUGUUAGGAGACUCAGGGAGCUUUUGACUACUAAACUUCCACUUGGCACAUUUCCAGUCAAGGUUGCAAUUCCAAUUGUCCCUACUAUUAGAGUCCUUGUUACGUUCACAAAAUUUGAAGAGCUUCAGCCAUCGGAGGAGUUUUCAACCCCUCUGUCCAGCCCAGCACAUUUCCAGGAUGCCAAAUCCAAGGAAUCGGAAGGGUCCUCCUCAUGGAUUUCAUGGAUGAGAGGGAGUCGUGGUGGGCAAUCUAGCGACAGCGACAGUCACCGGUAUAAGGAUGAGGUUGACGCUUUCCACAUACCAUCAGACUACACCUGGGUUGAUGCGAAUGAGAAGAAGCGGCGCUUAAAGGCAAAGAAAGCCAAGAGCAGGAGACACCGGAAACCGACAGCGGCCAAAGGUGUGGAUGGGGGAAAUCAGGUCAAUGAGGAAGUUGAAGAGUAAUUACAUCAAAAUCUCUUUGGAACUUUGCCCCCAUUUCGUUCCAUUACGAAGGAGAGGGAGGUAAGUAAACUCCUGUUUGCAUCUGACUUCAUUUUUCCCUUUGCUAUUGGGUUGGCGGAUGAUUGUUAGGCAAUCAAUUUGUUGUUCAUUAAGACGAGCCUCACCUUCUUGUUCAGUUGUUGUAUUGUGAUGUGAAAUGAGAUUAUAGAGGAGCAGAGGCUUCUCGUUUCUCUCA